AUGGCUUCAGCCAUCACUACUCUUUCUGCAAUACCAGACGAAGAAGAAUCAUUCUUCAACGAGGAAAACAAUAAUGAUGCAAAUGACGAAACCAAAAGCCAGUUGGAAAAAAGUACUUCUCUGAGGGGCCGCUUCCUUGCCUCCCGGCCGCCUGCGAUGACUUGCGACAGAUACCCUAAGGUUUGUCGGGCGUCGGGCAGCGCAGGGCCAGAUUGCUGCAAGAAGAAAUGUGUCGACAGGAACACAGACAGGGCAAACUGUGGCAAGUGUGGGAGGAAAUGCAAGUACGCAGAGAUAUGCUGCAAAGCUUCAGCCAUCACUACUCUUUCCGCAAUACCAGACGAAGAAGAAUCAUUCUUCAACGAGGAAAACAAUACUGAUGCAAAGGACGAAACCAAGAACCAGUUUGGAAAAAGCACUUCCCUAAGAAGCCGCUUGCUUGCCUACGGGCCGCCUGCCACAACUUGCGACAAAUGUCAGGCGUCGGGCAGCGCAGGGCCGGAUUGCUGCAACAAGAAAUGUGUGGACACAAACACAGACAGAGCAAACUGCGGAAAGUGUGGGAGGAAAUGCAAUUACUCAGAGAUUUGCUGCGAAGCGAUGCUGGUGGCUCUAUCACCCGUCCAUACUCUCUCAUCAACAUCAUACGAAUUCGAAGAAUCAUUCUUCAACGAUGUCGUCGAGGAAGACAACAAUAAUGUUACAAAUGAAACCUUUGACGACCUCCCAGUUAUGGCCGUACAAGGACAAGAACAAACUUCUCUCAGAGGAAGAAGCCGCUUUCUUGCUUCUCAUCGGGCCAUGGCCGCGACAUGCGACAAAAACCCUAAGGUGUGUAAAGCCACGCAUGCACAUUGCUGCCACAACAAAUGUGUUGAUUUGAAGACAGACAAACUCAACUGUGGGAAGUGUGGGGUGAAAAGCCAUCACGCACAGAUAUGUUGCAAAGGUCAUCUUGUGAACCCAAUGUCUGACAAGACACACUGUGGAGGCUGCGACAACCAUUGCAAGAAAGGCGGUUCAUGUGCGUUUGGGAUGUGCAGCUAUGCUUAG